AGCAGUCAACAUGUUCCGCUUACUUUUGCUAACCGCCUGUUUGGCCGCGCCCGUCUACAGCUACUCAGCUGGUGCUCCAACCAAUGUUUGCACCAACGGCUUGACACCCGAACAUGGUGUCGAUGGUCAGAAGACACCCGUUCCAUAUAGUUUUUCGGGUGUUAGUAAAGCAGAGAAUGGUAAGGUAUCGCUUACGCUCGGCGGUUCGAAUGGAUUUUUGGGUUUCGCUGUGCAGGCACGCGAUGCCAACGAUAGGCCUGUGGGUAAAUUUAAAAUUGUCGAUGGCGCUAAAUCACAAACUUUGACAUGCAGUAAUGCUGAUGAUACUCUCACCCACAAGAAGAUUCCACACGAUAAUCCUAUCAAGAGUGUAGCUUUCGAUUGGGAGCCAGCCGGUUAUAAGGGCAAAGUCAAAUUUACUGCUACUGUCGCUCAGGAUGGUGGCACCUACUGGAUCCGUAAGGUGCUCAAGGAAGUUGAAGUUUGAAUGUAAAUGAUUAUAUUUGACUCCCUUGGGAGAAUUCCACGAAUGCGAAGAUCAUUUUUAUUUCAAAAUUAUUAUUUUUUUACUAUUAUAUUAAAUAGGACGGAGUGAAAUAAAACUGAAAAGUAUUUUUAUGUGAUAGAAGGAAUUAUGUAUGUGCUCAUUAUAAAUAUAAUAAUAUGUAUAUGUAA